CAGCUGGCAGCUCAAGAACAUUUGUGUUUUUUGGGCACAUGACAAUUUGAAUGCGGAACGCGUGCCAAAGCUAAACGCAGAAUAACAACGACAACAACCACAUAACAAGUGUUCGCGGCCAUAGAAGCAACAAGUGUCGAUUUUUCGUAAUAUUUUUGUGGGACGUCGCUGUUGCCGCCGACAGCGGCGGGUCAAGCUAACGGUACCCCCAAUCAAAAUCAAAAAAGAAAUUCAAACAACGACAGACAUAACACGAGUUUACCCAACAUGGAGACGGGUUUGCACGAACGCGAUCGGGCGGGAGUACAGGACUUUGUGCUGCUCGAGAACUACGAGAGCGAGGUCGCCUUCAUUGAUAAUCUGAAGAAGCGCUUUCAGGAGAACCUCAUCUAUACGUACAUCGGUCAAGUGCUGAUCUCGGUGAAUCCCUACAAGCAGCUGUCCAUCUACUCGGAUGCCCACAUCAAUGCGUACAGAAACAAGCACUUCUACGAGAUGCCACCCCAUGUUUUUGCUGUGACGGAUAAUGCAUUUCGCUCGCUGAUCGAGGAGAAUCGUGGCCAGUGCGUACUCAUUUCGGGUGAGAGUGGCUCUGGCAAGACGGAGGCCUCCAAGAAGGUGCUGCAAUAUAUUGCCGCCUGUUCCGGCCAUCAGUCGACUGUUGAGGGCGUCAAGGAUAAGCUGUUGAAGAGUAAUCCGGUGCUGGAGGCCUUUGGCAAUGCCAAAACGAAUCGCAAUGAUAACUCCUCGCGCUUCGGCAAGUACAUGGACAUCCAGUUCGAUUACAAGGGUGUGCCAAUUGGUGGCAACAUUCUCAACUAUCUGCUGGAAAAGUCACGUGUGGUGGCUCAGAUGGCUGGCGAACGUAAUUUCCACAUCUUCUAUCAGCUGCUGGCUGGUGCCGAUGCAACCCUGUUGCAGGAACUGCACUUGGAGCGUACUCUGGAUAGUUAUAACUAUCUGACCGAUGGGCUCAAGGGCACCGUAAGCAGCAUCAAUGAUGCGGAAAACUUUAGACAGGUGCAGCAGGCAUUGGGCGUCAUCGAUUUCACGGUGGAGGAGCAGCGUGAGAUCUUUGCCAUUAUUGGCAGCAUAUUGCAUUUGGGCAACGUGAGCUUCGACGAGGUGGAGGGCAAUGCUCAGGUGAAUAGUCGUGAUCUGGUUGUCACCAUCUCACGACUGCUGGGCGUUAAUGCUAGCGAAUUGGGCGCAGCUCUAACACAUCGCACCAUCGAUGCUCGGGGAGAUGUGGUCACGUCGCCACUUAAUCAUGAACUGGCUGUGUAUGCCAGAGAUGCUCUGGCGAAGGCUGUUUACGAUCGCAUGUUCUCGUGGCUGGUACAGCGUUUGAAUAUCUCACUGCAGGCAAAAGAUACGCGCGGUGCCAGGAACAAUGUGAUGGGCAUCUUGGAUAUCUAUGGCUUUGAGAUCUUCAAAACGAACAACUUUGAGCAGUUCUGCAUCAAUUUCUGCAAUGAGAAACUGCAGCAGUUGUUUAUUGAGUUGACACUGAAGUCGGAGCAGGAUGAAUAUAGACGCGAGGGCAUCGAGUGGAUUCCAGUGGAGUAUUUUGAUAAUAAGGUCAUUUGCAAUCUGAUUGAGGAGAAGCAUAAGGGCAUUAUAUCCAUAUUGGAUGAGGAGUGCCUGCGUCCCGGUGAGCCCACCGAUCGCACCUUCCUCGAGAAGCUAACCCAAAAGCUGGAGAAGCAUGAUCAUUAUGUGUGCCACGAGAAGGCACCCAUUCAGGUGCAAAAGGUAAUGGGACGCGAUGAGUUCCGUCUGGUGCACUAUGCCGGCGAGGUGACCUACUCCGUCAAUGGGUUCCUCGAUAAGAACAACGAUUUGCUAUUCCGCGAUCUCAAGGAAACGUUGAGCAAGUCCGGCAACCAUAUUGUUCGCUCCUGUUUCCCCGAACAGGAAUUGCGCAGCAAGAAGCGACCCGAAACUGCCAUCACCCAGUUCAGAACCUCGCUGAACAAUCUGAUGGACAUACUGAUGUGCAAGGAGCCCAGUUAUAUACGCUGCAUCAAGCCCAACGAUCUGCAAUCGCCGGGCAUCUUCAACGACGACCUGGUGCUGCAUCAGGUCAAGUAUCUUGGCUUAAUGGAGAAUCUGCGUGUGCGUCGCGCCGGUUUUGCCUAUCGUCGCAGCUAUGAGCUCUUCCUGGAGCGCUACAAGUGCCUGAGCAAGUCCACCUGGCCGAACUAUAAGGGUAAUGGCGGUGCCAAGGCCGGUGUUCAACUGCUCGUCAAGGAUUUGGGUUACACCAACGAACAGUUCAAGAUGGGCGAAACGAAGUUGUUCAUCCGCUAUCCGCGCACCCUUUUCGACACUGAGGAUGCGUACCAGGCCAAGAAGCACGAUAUUGCUUCGAUCAUUCAGGCGCACUGGAAGGGUCUGAUGCAGCGACGCAAAUACCUGAAGCUGCGCGCUCAGGUCAUUAUCCUGCAAAGCUAUUGCCGCCGCCGUUUGGCCCAGCAGGCGGCCCAGCAGCGUCGCGAAGCGGCUGUUAAAAUCCGUGCCUUCAUCAAGGGAUUCAUAACGCGCAACGAUCCGCCCAAUGGCUACAAUGAUGAUUUCAUUGCCAAUGCCAAGCGUAUGUGGCUGCUGCGACUGGCCAAGGAGCUGCCCACCAAGGUGCUCGAUAAAAGUUGGCCCCCAGCGCCGGGCCACUGCCAGGAGGCCUCCAACUAUCUGCAUCGUUUGCACCGUUUGCAUUUGGCCAGGAUCUAUCGUCUGAAAUUGACGCCGCAACGUAAGCGACAGUUUGAGUUGAAGGUUCUCGCCGAGAAGGUGUUCAAGAACAAGAAGAACAACUAUGAGAGCAGUGUGUCCAAUUGGUUCCAGCACGAUCGUAUACCCCAAGAGCAUAUACAGCGUGUCAAUGAUUUUGUGGCCAGCACCUUUGGCAGCGAGCAACUCAAAUAUCAAUCUGCCUGCACCAAAUUCGAUAGACACGGCUACAAGUCCCGCGAACGCUUCAUUCUGCUGAGCAACAAGGCCAUCUAUGUGCUGGAUGGUAAGAGCUACAAGCAAAAGCAUCGCCUGCCGCUCGAUAAGAUUGACUUUACGCUGACGAACCACAACGAUGACCUGAUGGUCAUACGUAUACCGCUCGAGCUGAAAAAGGAUAAGGGCGAUUUGAUCUUAAUCAUUCCACACAUCAUCGAGUUCAGCACCUACAUCAUUGAUACAGUGGGCACCGCCCAAAUAGUAUCCAUUGUGGACAGAGCUUCAUUGGAACACAAUGUGGUCAAGGGCAAGGGUGGCGUCAUUGAGCUCCAAACUGGCGCUGAGCCCGGCGUUGUGCGUGAUAAGAGCGGCCAUCUUGUUGUUAUUGCUGGUCAAUAAGGAAUUUAAUAAAAGAUAUCUACCAAAUGGCUUUAAAUCAAACGACAAUUGUUUUGUUAUACUAUUCGUGUAAUUUAUGCUGUAUUUUUGUAUUUUGUUACUUGCAACGACGAGGCGUGUAAUAUUGAUUUUAUAUGUACUUAUUAUGUUCACAAUUAAACGGAUGCCUAUUGUUUAUAUAAAUCGUAAAUAUAUCUAUGAGAGCUGAUAAUUGAAUUCA